ACAGGAGAUGGUGUAGUGUCCUCUCUAUGGUAUGCGCCGACACGCUCGCUAGUACAGGCGUCUCUGUGGUAUCGGUCCUCCACGGUGCCACACGUGGGUAUGGCUACUCUUCGCUUCCAUGAGCUGGGGCUGGAUGACCGUGUGCUGAAGGCCAUAGCAGAUUUAGGAUGGGCCAAGCCAACAUUAAUUCAGGAGAAGGCCAUUCCACUGGCCAUGGAAGGAAAGGACCUGCUGGCACGGGCAAGAACAGGGUCAGGGAAGACUGCAGCCUACUCUAUUCCUAUAAUACAGAACCUUCUACAGUCCAAGUUGACUGUCUCUGAGCAAGCAGUUCGGGUCCUGAUCCUAGUACCCACCAAGGAGCUUGGCCAGCAGGUUCAGCAGAUGAUUCGUCAGCUGACGUUCUACUGUGCCCGUGAUAUAAGAGUGGCAGACAUCUCUGGGCAGGUGGAUGUUUCUGCCCAGAGGCCAAUCCUUAUGGAGAAACCGGACAUUGUGGUGGGUACACCAUCCAGAGUACUUUGUCACAUGAAUCAGGGAACACUGUGUGUUCGGGACACCCUCCAAGCAAUGGUGAUUGAUGAAGCUGACCUGAUCUUCUCAUUUGGAUUUGAAGAUGAUUUGAAAAACUUGCUGUGCCAACUUCCUAAGAUUUUCCAGUCUUUCCUUAUGUCUGCCACGUUUAAUGAAGAUGUCCAGGCACUGAAAGAGCUUGUGUUGCACAAUCCCGUGACCCUGAAGUUAGAAGAAUCUCAGCUGCCUGACAGCUCUCAGCUGACACAAUAUCAGAUUCAGUGCGAGGAGGAAGACAAGUUUCUUUUACUCUACACACUGCUAAAACUCUCCCUCAUUCGUGGCAAGACCAUUCUAUUUGUUAACGAUGUGGAAAGGAGUUAUCGGCUGAAGCUUUUCCUGGAACAGUUCAGUAUUCCAGCUUGUGUGCUAAACUCUGAACUGCCGGUUCAGUCACGGUGUCACAUCAUAGCACAGUUUAAUCAAGGUUUCUAUGACUACAUCAUUGCAACAGAUGAACAAUCAUUAGCUGAACCCAGCGGGAAGGAAAAGAAGGCAACUGGAAGAAAGAAAAAAGGAAAAGGAGAAAAAGGCCAGGACAGUGAGUAUGGAGUAUCUCGCGGCAUAGACUUUCAGAACGUGUCUACAGUACUAAACUUUGAAUUCCCCCAAUCUGUUGAUGCCUAUAUUCACCGAGCUGGAAGGACUGCUCGUGCUAACAACCCGGGUGUGGUCCUAACAUUGGUGUCACAUACAGAGCUCUCUAUGCUUGCAGAAAUUGAGGAAGCUCUUGGUGGAGCUGGUACCGGGGAAAGUGUGCUGCGUCCCUACAGGUUUCGCAUGGAGGAAGUGGAGGGCUUCCGGUACCGUUGUCGGGAUGCAAUGAGGUCAGUGACCAAACAAGCUAUAAAGGAGGCACGUCUAAAGGAGAUAAAAGAGGAACUACUCAACUCUGAGAAACUAAAGACAUAUUUUGAGGAUAAUCCACGGGAUUUACACCUUCUUAGACAUGACAAGGCUCUGCACCCAGCAGUAGUGAAACCUCACCUGAAAAAUGUUCCGGAAUAUUUGAUUCCACCUUCCAUGCGCUCUGUCAUCAAUCUUUUGAACAAGAAGAAAAAAAGGCUAAGACUGAAGCCAGGAGGGGUUUCCAGGUUUGCUUCUAGCAAGUUCAUGAGGACACAGAAUCCACUUCGCACAUUCAAAUAUACAAAAGGAAAGAAGAGGCGUGACAGGAAGGAAUCAGAGCAGACCUAAAAAUGCAGGAGCUGUGCCAUUGGUUGGAUUGUGUUGGAUGAACCUUUAUACUUGUCUGAUAUUUUAACUGAAACAAUGUAUAUUUAACCCACUGAAGUGGAAUCGGCUGGUGUGGUAUUCUUGUAAGCUUACCAGGUGUGCAUUCCACAGUAUUGGAGAAGAAGAUACCACGAAGAUUUUGUAUAAUGACUUGUAUACAUGGUCUUAUGUAAAUAAAUAAAUCUAUUUUUGUGGAAUCCAA